CACUAAGAAGAAGAAAGAACAAAUGGAUGGGGGAUAGAUUAAGAUCCGCAUGCAGAGUAAUAAUCCGACUAAUUAAAGUCUUAAUCAUACCACAAAUCAGUCGAUAAAAUAUUAUAAGCAAACACCCAAUAAAACUACCCCUUUCCACCCAAAGUAAUGGGAAGAGUAUGUAAAAAAAAAAAAAAGGCAAGUUGAUAUCCAAGCAUAUCUCAAAAUCACGAGGAGAUUAUCAAAAUAUCAUUAUUAAUUAAAUUCCCAAUUCCACUUCCAAGAAACGAAAAGAGCCAAAUUACAAGCAACAAGGAUUUGCGUUUGUUUGUGCGUCUCUCUCUCACUAUAAGAAGGAUGUUUAAGUUAAUUUUAUAUAGUAUAGGGUUAUACAGAAACUAAAAACUAAUUCAGGGGUGCGUAAGUGUAAAAUAUGAAAAUAUUCAAUUUAACUGAAACUAAUUAGCUGAAACAUUAACCAACGUAACGGUACGAGUGAGUGACUCAGGGCCACGCAUUCAUGUGACGUCACUCCAAAUCUCUCUUAACCCGCCGUCAAGUCAAAAUGCUAUCCACACACACUAUUCGAGCCUCCGCCGGAUUACGAAUCGAAGAUGUCGUCGUCGCCGUUCGUGAAGUCUUAUCUCUUCGCUUACAACUUUCUCCAAGCUUCGUCAUGGACGAUUUCGCUUCUGAGUAUCGUUAGCAGCGUUUUAUCGAGCAAGACGAUCAAUGGCGGCGCUUACUCUGCCGCCGGAUAUUUGAUAAGUGUGAUACAAGCUGCUGCAGUUCUUGAAGUUCUUCACGGAGCUAUAGGAAUUGUACCGAGUGGAUUCUUAUCUCCGCUGAUGCAAUGGAGUGGAAGAACACACUUCAUUUUGGCUAUUGUUGGACAGAUCAAUGAGGUCCAGGAUUCGCCGUGGCUGGCAAUAACUCUUGUAGCUUGGUGUAUCGGCGAGAUGAUUAGAUAUCCUCACUAUGCUUUAACUUGCCUUGGUAGAUGUCCCUAUUGGCUAACCUAUCUCAGGUAUACAGGAUUCAUCAUCAUCUAUCCAACGGGACUAGCGGGUGAAUUGUUGAUCAUGUACAAAGCGCUUCCACAUGUUAAAGAAAGGAACCUUUAUGCAAAUUUCUUCUCUGUUUUCCCUUUCAGUUACUACCAAUUCCUUUGGGCUGUCCUCUUGGUCUACCCGUUCCUUUGGUUGAAGCUUUAUCUCCAGUUGUUCAAACAACGAAAAUCUAAGCUUGGAAAAGCAGAGAAGCAUCACGGCAAGAGAAAGAAAAUGUGAAAGUCCCUUAAAUCAUCUCCUCAGAUAUGUCUAUCUUUAUCCUUGUUUAUGUUAUCGCUCUAUGUGCCUUUAAUUUUUGUUUUUUCCUUCUUUUUUUAAAAAAGUUUAAAUAAUUUAAUGGAUUAUCAUGGCCAUAUUAUCAAUUUGCUCUAUUAUUCAUAAUCAUAGUUAGAGAGGAAAAUGAAUCUCCUGA